GCCAUGACUGAGUACAUUGCCAAAGUCGAAGCGCAAACGGAGAAGUUCGGCAUUACGUCCCGCCAGGCCCAACUGUUUCAUCAGAUGGAUGGAAGCUGCGAUCUGCGUGAGGGCCCCGGCCUGCGGCCCUGCCACCCAGGCACUGGGGCAGGAUUUGCACUGGACUUGGAAGCGAAAUUCGAGGCUGCGGCGAACCUGAUUGCCAAAGGCACGCCCACCAAGGGUUCCGCCAGCACAGAUGACAAGCUGAAGCUCUACGGCUUGUACAAGCAGGCUGAGCCCAUGGGCAAAUGCCGUGGGUUUUGGGAAUGUGGAAUCCUUGGGCCCAAUGUCGCCGUGGAGAGGGAAAACUUUUGCCAGCGAAUGGGCAAUUCCCUGUGCGGAGUUUGCUUUGGGAUUUUGCUCUUCCUGGGAUCCAUCUUCCUACUGGGCUGGAAUGAGUUCAACUAUGUCCGCAACCAGGCCAUCUUGCUGAAGGUGGACAAGGAAGUGAUUGAAGCUGGAUGCGUCCCCAGUGCUUCCAACGUUGGGAAACUGUAG